UCACAAAUGGACGGUGAGGCAGCAGCUACCCCUGUGGCCGGAAUCGAGCAUACCCUCAUGAAGCCGGAAGAUGGAAAAUGUUACAUUGCUUCUGUGUGCAACUAUAUGUCAUAUGUCUAAUGGCCAUGUAUAUGUGCAUGGUAAUCCGCCCUGAGUCCCCUUCAGGGUGAGAAGGGUGGAAUAUAAAUACUGUAAAUAAAAUAAAUAAAUAAUGAGACAUGGACAUUCACAGGUUUUGGUAUAUAUUGGGGGGAUCUUGAAACCAAAUCCCAAUGAUGACCCAGGACACACUGUAAUGUUCAUAUCCUCCAAAAUUAUAAAGCAAAAUAAUCUGAAAAGCAAAAAAAAAAUGAAUACGUUCUUACUGUACUUUUAUGAUACUGUUAUAAUUUUCUGCACCCCCUAACACUGCUGUACCUUUGAUAUGAAUUCAAUACUUAUUAUGAGCUCAAACCUUUUUUUAAAAAAAUGACUGCAUAUUCGUGGGAAUCUUUGAGGAAUACCACAACAGAUAAAAAGGAUUUGUAUACAUGAUGCAAUUAUUCUUGGAAUAUCUUCAAAAUCAAAUUGGAGUUUUCAUUUCAUGAAACAACAUCCAGUCUAUCCAAUCAACUUCUCAGUUGUAUAUUAUCAGAAUAUGAGCAGGGAAAAGGGACAUCAAGACUGAAUGACGAAAUGAGGGUGGAAGGAUCACAUUUCCAGAUGGAUGAGUCAAAGUUACCGUUCAAAGACUUUGACCUCAAUCUUGUUGGAAUUGCCAACUAGAGCAGACCCAUUUAAAUACAUCACAUAUAUGUGAUGACUCCUCAGUUAGUCAAUGGAUCUACACUAAUUAGAAUUACCAAUAGAACUCAGAUAUCAUAUUGUCUUUUUGAAAAAUAAGAAAUGAAAGUACUGAUUUCCUUUAAAAAGGAAUUACAAAGUUACUAAUCAACAAUCAACACAGCAGGAUACAUUGGAUAUCAAGCCACAGGAUUCAUAGGUCAAAAUAGGAUAUUAUCCAUGUCAUCCGCAUCAUCUGGUCCUUAAUGGAUUUUUUUCUUGGUCUAUAGAGACAGAAAAGGCAAUGGAGAAAACACAGGAAGUCUACAAGUGGAAGCUGACAAAGGCUGGACUUGAACCCCAUCCUCACAUUUUAAAAAAAUAGAAUAAAACAUUAAUCUGGACACAUUCAUGGCUCACAUAAAAAACCGAAUAUCACAUUGCAUUGAAACAUUUCAAAUUCAGCUUCUGUCACUGCUGGCAACAUGGUAUUAAAAGAAGGAGCUUAAGUUAUUAAACUGAGCAGCUUUAAUCAUGCCGUCCAGGGGGGGAAAUCCAUUGCUACAGGAGUGCACAGGAUUAAAGUAUUUUUACCGCAAAGCCAAUACAUCUAUCAGUUAGCUACUGCUCCACUAGUGCAUGCAUGUCUGUGCAUAGGCAACAUUGUUCGUGGAGAUCCUAACUAUUAUGGGCUCCAAUGGAUUUUUAUUUAGAAAUUGACCCUGUGACUUUGAACCUGGUCAUCUUGGUAGCUAGCUAUGUCAUCUUGCUCUUGGUUUUCCUGAUUUCUUGCAUCCUGUAUGACUGUAGAGGGAAAGACCCCAGUAAGGAGUAUGCUCCUGAGACCCCAACAGAAGCCCAGCCUCCAAUCCGGCUGAUGGUGAUGCAGCAAGGAAAUCCUGAGAACCAGUGGCCGAAAGGACUUGCCCCCCCUUAUCAAAAUACUUCCAGCCCACCAGGAAAAAGGACUACCGUGGUUUGAGAAGGCCUUUCCGGAGAUCUGGAGGUCUAGCCUAGGAUCGCCUCCUCUGACAUGUUUACAUCCUAUUUGCAUAAGGACAUCCGAGCAAGAAUGCGGAGCUCUCUUGUGAAAUGCCUCCUUGUGAAAGGGAAAAAUCAACAACAUGAUGACUAAACAUUGAGUAAGAAGAGGACACAACCUCUUGGCAGAAAAACAUAUAAAUACAGUAAGAUGGUCGAUC